UUAAAUCCAUGAAAUUUCGUGGAGGACUUGAUAAAUCAAAUUGACUUUCACGCAUCACUAGCUCGGCUCUCUGUCAACGUCGAAAUUCUGGUUUUUUACUCUAAUACCAUGAUAUAGCAGAUGAAUCAGUUAAAACUAUUAUAAACCCCUUCAGUACAAAAUCAACGAUGAACACGAGCGCUUUCAUCCGGAGAGUCUUUGGCCUCCUCCAGACGAACAACACAUCACCACCAGCAUUGCUGAAAACCAUUUUCGUGGCCCGAUAUCACAAUGAAGUUUUAAAGUACUACCAGGAGAAGCAGCGCUACGUCAACUCCAAGCUGCAAGACCCGAACAGCGAAACCGCCGACAGACGAAGCUUGAAGUACGACACCGCUUCGCUGAAGGACGACGACGCCGCGUCGCUGCGCGACUGUCUGGUCGAGUGUAAGUCGCCCCCUUUAAACAGGCCCGCCUACAACAGGCGGUACGACGACGAUUGCAAGUCGAUUAGAUCGUUGAGGUUCCCCAAGAACGACUACGAGGAGGACGCCAAAUCACUAACGCUGACAAUCAGAGACGCGAUGCUCAGAAAACGGAACGAGAUCGACAUCUAUCACGUGCCCGAAAGGAUACAAAUGACCAGGAAGGACGAGUCCAAAUCCCUGAACAUAUCACUGUCCUCGUACAAGUGCCAGAGGGCCGACAAGAACGCCAAGGUCGAUAAGGCCGACAAGCCCGUCCAGACGGAGAAGCCGGCUAGGUGCGAGGGCACCUUCAAGUACGACAGCAAGCCGAAGAAGAUGUCCGGCGCCAUCAACAAGGAAAUAUUCAAGGCCCUGAAGCGCAAGAAGAAGAAGAAGGAGGACCUCUAUCAGUCACUGAAGGCGAGGACCUCGCUCAAGAAGCGAGACCCCGACCUGGAUUCUCUGGCCAUGUCCUUGGACGGUAGAAGCAUGCGAUACGCACCGAUGAAGUCUGAGCAGCCUGAGAAAAAGGAAGGCAGAGCAACGAAACAAAAGAUGCACAAACAACAACAGUCACCAAUGCUACACUACCAGCCAGCCUCGUCGAUUUACUCGAUCAAAAAACAAAACGAGUCGUCCAGAGCGAAGGAACGACAGAAGGAAGUACUACCGUGGGCCAAGAACAAGCUCUACAAAGCCCCGGAGCACGUAAUGCAGAAGAACGUCAGCAAUGUGGCGCACAAGCGGCUCCACUCGAAAAACAAAGACUCCGAAAAGGCUCAAGCGGCGAUGGCUCCCGCCACCCCUCAAAAUUUCAUUACUAAAAUUAUGAAUAUGUACCGUAAUAAAAAAAUACAUUAGUUAGUCCCCAUAAAA